AUGAACACCACCACGGGCAAUGUUUUCAGCGGCGCCGCCUUCGGGUGCAGGGGCAGCCACCGCACGGUCAAGGACUUCAAGGUGAAGGCGGCGGCGUCUACAAGCGCCGGUGUCCGACGCACGGCUAGCAGGAGCAAGGACUACUACAAGGUCCUGUCGCUGGACCACUCGGCGCCCGUCGGCGAGGAGGAGGUCAAGCGCGCGUACCGGCGGCUGGCGCUGCAGUACCACCCGGACGUCUGCCCGCCGUCACGCCGUGCCGAGUCCACCGAGCUCUUCGUCGAGCUCCGCCGCGCCUACGAGACUCUCUCCGACCCGGCCACGAGGAUGCGGUACGAUGCUGAGCUAACGACGGGCUACACGGCGGCGAGGCCGGCGGCGGCGGAUGGGUUUGCGAGGGACGUGUGGGAGGCGCAGCUCUGCGUGCUGCGGGCGCGGUCUGAACGGCGAAAGAGCGCGAGCAGGUGCAGCGGCAACCGGUUCUAG